GCGGCGGGAGCCGAGCCGCAGCAUCUGCCCGCGUGCACCGCGCGCGUCCCGACCCCUGCCGGCCCCCAGCGGGGCGACAGCAGCUGCCCGCGCGCGUGGGCCGGGGGGUCACGGCGCCUGCACGCGCUGAGCCCGGGGCAAGGAGCGAGGGGCACAGGGCAGCCGCCGCGGGUCGGGGCGUUGUGCGGAUGAGCCUGGAGAUGAGACAGGUGCCCUGCGCCGAGGGGCUUCUGGCUCUUCCCGCCGGCCGGGCCCAGGAGAAGAGCGCGGGGGCCCACGCCGCUGUCAGCGGACCUCACGCCUUUCAGAUCGUCUCUUUCAAAUGGGGGCAUGUGCAGGAGCCCUACAUCAUUGCGCUCUGGAUACUUGUGGCCAGUCUGGCCAAAAUCGUUUUCCACUUGUCCCACAAAGUCACCCGCGUGGUUCCAGAGAGCGCUCUGUUGAUUGUCCUUGGCCUCUUCCUGGGUGGUAUCGUGUGGGCUGCAGAUCACAUUGCCUCCUUCACCCUUACACCAAAUGUAUUUUUCUUCUACCUGCUGCCACCCAUUGUUCUAGAUGCUGGAUACUUCAUGCCAAACAAAUUGUUUUUUGGAAACCUUGGUACCAUCCUUCUGUAUGCAGUAAUCGGGACGGUAUGGAAUGCUGCCACAACUGGCAUGUCUCUCUAUGGUGUCUACCUGAGCGGAAUAAUGGGCCAACUCAAGAUUGGGCUUCUGGACUUUCUUCUGUUUGGCAGUCUGAUAGCUGCAGUGGACCCUGUGGCUGUACUGGCUGUGUUUGAAGAAGUUCAUGUCAAUGAAGUUCUGUUUAUUAUCGUUUUUGGAGAAUCGCUGCUGAACGAUGCUGUAACUGUGGUGCUGUAUAAUGUGUUUGACUCUUUUGUUGCAAUGGGAGCUGAUAACGUGACUGGGGUGGACUGCGUAAAAGGCAUUGUGUCUUUCUUUGUGGUGAGCCUGGGAGGAACAUUUGUUGGCAUUGUCUUUGCGUUCCUGCUCUCGCUGGUCACUCGCUUCACCAAGCAUGUCCGAAUCAUUGAACCUGGAUUUGUGUUUGUGAUCUCAUACCUGUCCUACCUCACAGCAGAGAUGCUUUCUCUUUCUGCCAUCCUUGCGAUAACUUUCUGUGGUGUCUGCUGUCAAAAAUACGUCAAGGCUAAUAUUUGUGAUCAGUCUUCUACCACCGUGAGAUACACCAUGAAAAUGUUGGCAGGUGGAUCUGAGACUAUUAUAUUCAUGUUCCUGGGAAUUUCAGCUGUAAAUCCAGACAUCUGGACUUGGAACACAGCUUUUAUUCUAUUGACUUUGGUCUUCAUCUCAGUGUACAGAGUCAUUGGUGUAGUGAUACAGACAUGGGUUCUAAACCACUACAGAGUGGUCCAGCUGGAAAUAAUAGACCAAGUGGUAAUGUCGUAUGGUGGACUACGGGGAGCUGUUGCUUUUGCUCUAGUCGCACUUCUGAAUGAGAAUAAAGUGAAAGAGAAAAACCUAUUUGUCAGCACAACUAUCAUUGUUGUGUUCUUUACCGUUAUAUUCCAGGGUUUGACAAUCAAGCCUUUGGUACAGUGGCUAAAAGUGAAGAGAAGUGAGCACCGAGAGCCCAAGCUGAAUGAGAAACUCCAUGGCAGAGCUUUUGAUCAUAUUCUUUCUGCUGUUGAAGACAUAUCUGGACAAAUAGGACAUAAUUAUCUGCGAGACAAGUGGUCCAAUUUUGAUCGGAAAAUCCUCAGUAAAGUCCUGAUGAGAAGAUCUGCUCAAAAAUCAAGAGACCAGAUUCUUAAUAUUUUCCAUGAGCUCAACCUGAAGGAUGCUAUUAGCUAUGUGGCUGAGGGAGAGCGUAGAGGUUCCCUGGCUUUUAUUCGUUCACCAAGUACUGACAACAUGGUCAAUGUGGACUUCAGCACUCCUCGACCAAGUACUGUAGAAUCUUCUGUCUCCUGUUUACUGAGAGAAAAAGCCAGCUCGGUUUGUCUUGAUAUGCAAGCCUUAGAGCAGAGGAGAAAAAGCAUACGAGAUACAGAGGAUACCGUCACUCACCACACACUGCAGCAGUACCUCUACAAACCCAGACAAGAGCACAUACAUCUGUACAGUCGGCACAAGAUCAUUCAGAAUGAAGACGAAAAACAAGACAAGGAGAUUUUCCACAGGACAAUGAGGAAACGCUUAGAGUCUUUCAAGAGUACCAAACUAGGAAUAAACCAGCCCAAAAAGCUCAACAAAAGCCACAAGAGAGACCGGGGCCAAAAAAGGAGAACUAGUAAUGCCAUACCAAAUGGAAAAAUACCUCCAGAAAAUCCAGUGCAAGAUUUUACUUUGAAGGAAAAAGAUGUGGAAUUUUCUGAUCCAGAAGAAAAUUAUGAAUCUCUGCAUACAGACAAAGGAGUUGACUUUUUAGCUAAUGUCACUAAGCAGAAUUGCACAGAUGCUACCUCUGGAAUUGAUAAUCCAGUAUUUUCAGCUGAUGAUGAUCAAAGUAUCUACAUGAAGUUCCCACCAUGGUUAUCUGAUGAAGAUUCUGUAGUACCAUCACAAAGGGCCCGAGUACAGUUACCGUAUUCUCCAAACAACUUCAGACGACUCACCCCGUUUCGCCUCAGCAAUAAAUCUGUAGAUUCCUUUUUGCUAGCAGAUGGCCCAGAGGAGCGACCCAGAGCUUUCCUCCCAGAAACAACGCAUAUGUGACACGAGCCAUAGUGCUGCAGUGACAGGAUACUCUUUCUCAGAUGAGAAACUGCUGCCUUGGAAACCUGACCAAGCAAAACAAAAUACCUCUGUUUCAGAGAAACACCUCCACUUCAUUCCAUCUUGCCUUCAAAGGCCCUGGGCACAAAGCUGUUCUUCACUGGAACACCAAGGAAAUAAAACUCUUUCGAC